CCGAAACAUUCACCCAUAUCCCAAGCACCCAUUGCCGACGGCCGCGGAUCCAGCCCACCAUGCCUGCCAUACGCGGAGAGAAGUCCAAGAAGAAGACGCGCCGCCACACGCGCGACCUCGACCAAGUCCACGCCGACCUGCGCGACGAGAAGCAUCUCGCCGAGUUCAAGGAUGCGAAGCCCAUAGAGGACCUGCCUGGCCUGGGGCAGUUCUACUGCAACGAGUGCGCAAAGUUCUUUGAGAGCGACGCAAAUUUUGGGGCACACCGCAAGGGCAAGGUGCACAAGCGCAGGGUGAAACAACUCCGCGAAGAGCCCUACUCCCAGAAGGAAGCAGAGGCAGCCAUAGGCCUCACCACCGACAACGGGAAACGUGCGACAACACGAAUGGACGUCGACGAUGGCGUAGCCGCGACAAGCUGAGGGUCCUGACGCAGCAUGGAGGAAGUUGUGUGUGGCCACAGUGGGCUACAGUGGCGUUGCGCGACAAUCUAGGAGGUCCUUUUACCCAGGGUCUGAAGGAAUCACUACAAGCAUAGGUGGCAAAGAGCACUCCUACCUAGAGAGUGUUUUAUGAGGAAGCAUUUGCAUGGAACGGCGUUCAAAAUCUGGAAAACGGGCAUAUAGAGGCACAAAAGUUGGAAUGAUACCCGAACAAUUCAAUCCCUUUCUCACGAAGUACAUAUGAUUCAUUUGCUAUUUCUUAUCAGAUUUAGACAGGUCAUUGAAGGUGUGAAAGCGUAGACGAGAUUUCAUCAAAUAGCACCAUCAAUAUCAAAUAAUAAAUUGAACAUCCCUCC